AUGAAAAAAUUGAAAAGUCAGGUUGCUGUCAAGGAUCGAGGGGAUGAAUACAAUGAUCCAGCUGAGGAACAUCCACAUACAGGGUCACAAUAUCAAACUCAACAUGUGCAACAACCGAUGAGACCAAGUGAGAGUCACGGCACUAUUACCCCAUCAGCAUCUUCCUCCAUGCAAACAAUUGACGAUGUCUAUUCACCAAAUCAGCAAAAAACAAUGUCAACAUCAACCUCAGACAGUAAACUAACACCAGAAUUUACAUCCCCAACCAAAUCAUUAAAGACUUUCUUUUUCAAAAAUAGACUUUCAUCAUAUUCAAUUGACAGUAUAAGUGAAGAACCCGAAUUGGAGCCUCAAGUUACCAAGGAACAAAAAUCAUUAACAUCCCAAACUGGCGGCGCCCAUGACUUGACUCCAACGAAAUCUCCCAACAGGCUUUUGAAUUUUAACCUUCGGCCAAAGUUUAUUCGCUCGAAGUCAUCAGGAUUGUCUGAUGUUGGCGCAAAUCCACCACUUACUCCCACUAAAUAUACUCCGACAAGUCGAAAGAGGGUGACUAUUGACGAUUUCGCUGAUACCGAUUCUGAUGAAUCUGGAGCAAGUAAUACCCAAGAGACGAAAGGUGAGCCAGAAGAAACUGAGUCUCCUAUUUUGCUAGACGAAACAUUUGACGAAUCUGUUAAUUCUGUAUUGCAAGAGUAUCACAAUAGAGAUUCAGAUGUCAGAACUCGAAGCAUGUUCCUUGAGUCUGAUCUAAGACCAAAGAGUGGUGAGUUGUCAUUGCAAGAGAGUGAACAGUUGAAAUCAGACAUUAUACGACAAGGCUCUGUUAAAUCAAUUGGUGCAAAAACUGCACAGAGCAGCGAGCGUUUGCCUACUGAUAAGCAACAACUUUACAUUGAUGCCAAAGCAUCACAAGAGCAAUUCAAACUGGGGAACGCUAAAGUUGAUCAGCAAUCACCAACCAUUUUCAAAAGAGUUUCAGCCCCAUCAGAUGAUAGCAGCCCUAAAACACCCAAAUCAGACAGGGAUAGUUCAGGCAGUGUUGUGCUGUUACGGUUCAGGGUUCAUGGUGAUCAAAUUGAGCCGAUAAAGACCAAAGCAAGACAUACAAGUUCUGCUACAACCAUGUCUCAUGCUGAUACAAAUAGAUCGCCAUUAAGGGCUUCAAUCACUCUCAGUGAUGAUAGUGAGAUUGAAGAUGCUGCAAAGUCAAAGUAUCCUGAUCCAACUGUUACUCCAAUGGCUACUCCGAGAGUAAAUUAUUCCGACAAUAGACACAGCUCAUCAACGGAAUAUACUAACAGGAGUUCAAUUAAUGAUAGUGCAAUAGCGGGUCUGUUGCCUAACACAUCAUCAAGUGGUGGCGGUGGUAGUGGUAGCCGUCACCACACUCCACAAGGACAGCCAUCGGUACUUCGGCAUUCACACGCGGAUGAUAGUAUAUCUCUUGAAGGGGAUGAUUAUCAUUUUGAUGAAGAAACAAUUGCCAACAAAACCAAUGUGCUCAACUUUAGCAAUACACAUACGUUUGAUGAGACCAUGUUGAAAAGUGAAGAUACCAAGCAUUCGAGCGUGGCUCGUUCCUCAAUGUCGUCCGGUGAAUUGCUACGCAACUUGGUAGGCAGCUCUUACGAUCACACUAGAAGCAGUGAUAACUCUGAUUCAGCCCAGCGACCACGAAGUCAAUACAGAGAAGUAGGAGUAGGGUCUAGGCCUGGAUCUAUAUUGGGUAAUACCUCUAAGCCAACAAUGGCUGUUCCGGAAACACCUACGGAUCCAUCAUCGGAGAAUAUUUACCCCAAUGUGCCAUCGAAACAACGCCUUCCAAGAAUUGAUAGUAGUCACACUGUCAAUAACAUGACGGCCGGAUUAGAUGCAACGAAUGAGUUACCAAUCAUGUUGUACAAGAUCCAUAAUAAGGAUUAUGAUGAGUCGAAGAACCGAUGGUCUGUAUAUGAGAAUCGCAACAGUCAAAAUUCUCAAAAUGAGGUACGAACUCGCCAACAGGCUGCUCUUCUGACUCGAUCAGGCUCUCGCUCAAAUAGUCCUGAUGCUGAUGAAGCCCUUAUAUCUAAGCCCCAAGAAUCACGUGUUGGAUCAAUAAGUGGGUCCAGUGAAGUUGGCACAAGAUCUGCAACAAGGUUGUCCGAUGCAUCUUCAAUGUUGAGUCAGGGUCAGAUUGCAGAGGGUCGACAAUUUGAUAACCAUCAAGAUUUAUCUAGUUAUGUUCCACAACCACAAGACGUACAAGGACAUACACAAGAGGGUCCACAGUUACAAGGACAACCAUUAGUGUUGUCACAACCAAAACGAAAUUUAUUUGUUAAUGAUAGACAGCCAUCAUCAAAUAUGAUUGAUGCUGAGAAACACAUUGAUGAUCACACUUAUAAAUCCCCCCGAGGUCAAACAUAUCUUCCUCGUCAACAAAAACAAGAAGGAGAGUAUGAAUCCACAUAUCGAUUCCUUCCUUAUAGCUGGCUACAAUUUAGCCUACUUAUGGUGGUUGGUCUAGUUGCCCCACCUAUUUAUUUCCUUACUACUAUUGGUUUAUUUGAUGGUAAAGAUUGUCAGCAUUCAUAUUAUAGUGGAAUGACUAGUUAUAAAGUCAAUCAAUCGAAUCAGGGGAUCUAUGUAAAGAAAUUUACUAAACUGCAAAAGGUUGUCAGUUUUGUGAUUGGAUUGGUUUGGCUAUUGAUUGUGUUGGCGAUGAUUGGAGUUGGUUUGGGUGUUGGUUUGACGAGAGGGAGGUGA